GGAUGUGAUGAAUAUGUCAGCUGAUGAACCAAAAUGUAUUUUUUGUGUUAAACAUACUUUUCCUUUGUUGCAGUGUUCGUUUUUGCCUAAAUUCUCCAUUCAUAUAGAGACAAAAUAUGAGGACAACAAAGGAAGCAAUGACAGUAUUUUUGACAAGGAAGCUAAAGAUCUGGAGCGAGAAGUCUGCUUCAUUGAYAUCGCCAGCGAUGAAAUUCCCGAGCGCUAUUACAAGGAAUCGGAGGAUCCCAAAUAUUUCAAGUCACAGAAAACUGGGAGAGGCCAAUUAAAAGAAGGCUGGAGAGAGACCCAUCAGCCAAUUAUGUGUUCCUACAAACUUGUGACUGUGAAAUUUGAAGUCUGGGGACUUCAAACCAGAGUAGAGCAAUUUGUACACAAGGUGGUCAGAGACAUCCUCCUGAUCGGGCACCGGCAGGCGUUUGCCUGGGUGGAUGAGUGGUAUGACAUGACAAUGGAUGAAGUCCGAGAGUUUGAACGAGCCACUCAGGAAGCCACCAACAAGAAGAUUGGGAUUUUCCCRCCGGCAAUAUCUAUCUCUAACAUUUCCAUGCCUUCCUCAACCCGCAGUGCUCCAUCUAGUGCUCCAUCAACUCCUCUCUCCACAGAUGCUCCCGAUUUCCUAACGGUUCCCAAAGAUCGGCCUCGGAAAAAGUCUGCUCCAGAAACUCUCACUCUUCCAGAUCCAUCGAAGAAAAACUUUUAAAUUAACCCUGCAUGUUUCCUCCUGAUAAGCCAUGUCUGCCACAGCAAGAGUGACAUAACUCAAUUGCUACAAAGGUCGUGGUGGUUUGUUGGUUGUUUUUUCUUUUCCUUUUUUUUCUUUUUUUUUUUUUUUUUUUUUUUUUUUUUUUUUUUUUUUUUUUUUUUUUUUUUUUUUUUUUUUUUUUUUUUUUUUUUUUUUUUUUUUUUUUUUUUUUUUUUUUUUUUUUUUUUUUUUUGGCUAAAAAUAAUCUUUCCAGUGUGGAAAGAUGACUUCUUUCCUCAGACUUGAUCCUUAAAACCUUCUGAAAAGUGCAUGCAAGAGAAAGUAGUUUAUAUAUUCCUAAAGUAGUGUUUCAAGCCAUAUGGUGCAUCUUACUGACAUCAAUGGAACAGUCUGAGGGGAUGCUAUAAACGAAAAUCAAUCUUUCUGCCUGCAAACCCUCAUCUAGGUCACAGCAUUUAUAAUUAGGAGUAGGUAUUAAGUAAAUCUGCCAAGGACUUCUGAGGCAAAUUAGUGCCAACUAGAAUGYAGGGUUAACAGAAAAAAAACCCCUCCCAUUUCCUUCUUUUAUAACCAGUUUUAAAAUCUUUCCCACUCUCAGGCUUCUCCUGUGUGUUCAUAAACCUUUGACCUGUAACUCAUUGUACUUGAACACCAACAGAUCCACGUUUCGCUGAAUACGACUCAGGAUUUGGGGCCUAAACACAAACCACAAAUCUUUUCAAACCUAAAAUAUCACUGUAUCAAAGCCCCAACUGUAAUUAAUUAYACUGACUUUGAGGCCAUCGAACUAUUUCUACCUUGCACAGAAUUUGUAAAAGAAAUCGCCUAUUUCUUGUAGAUAAGGUAUUUUACUAGCUCCCCCCUGUCCUUCUGUGAGCUCAGAGUGUUGGUGUUCAUCAAUGGUGUUCUGUGGCAUUGGAAAAAAGCAGCUGAACGGUGCCAGUUGAGAAGCAAAAGCAAUGAAUUGUGUCUUUUCCUCGCUGGAAGAGGAGCRGUAGUCAGGCUGGGAGACCCUGAAUGUGAAGGGAAGAGAACAGGAGACUCCUUUUUCUUUCCUGCUGAGCAUCUUUGCUSAGCAGCACAAUCUGCUGAGGGAGAGCUGGGGCAGGGGACACAACCAGCCACUUUCAAAAGAAAACGAGCCGUGGGUGAUGUCAGGAACCAGAAGUGCUCUCCUGAUCUCCUGUGAAAUCACUCUUCAAUCUCAGGAAUUCAAUUGUAGGCAAGGAUGUUUCCCAGAGGGAAGUGUAGAUCGUGGAAGAUGGAGAAAAAUAAAAGGCAGGAGGGGUCUUUUCCUUCCUUCUUUCCUCUUSAAAGCAUAAACGGAGCCCCUUUCCCUGUUGACCCCACUUUGGGGCACUUUGCUSUGUUCAGUUCCUGGCUCUUGGUGAAAUACAAUUCCCAGGGAAUGCCAGCUCCAACCUGAACUGUGAUCAGUGGGUGACACUUUGUGCCUCCACUGACAUGGUUCAUGGAUUGAGAGCAAAGAGAGUUCUCCAGAGCUGAGCUAUCACUGAAUAUUGAUCAAUCACUUUUGGGGUGCCCAAAGCCGGGGCACAGUGGCUGAAAUGCUCUGAGCUCCUSGCUGGCUGCAGCUGCAGUACAACUUUUGUGGAAUGUGUGGUAUUUAGGGGGAAGUUUUAGGAGCAGAAGUAAUUCCAACCUGCACUGAAACAAGYGUUCGUUUGUCUGAUAGUGCAAAUCCUGCAGCCAGCACAAUCCAGGAGCUCUCUGUAGGUUUGCUGUGGUCUGACUUCCUGCAUUCUCCCAUGUACAAAGCUUGGCUUUGCUUUUCCUCCCAGAGCUGGUAAUUCCGAGUGAUUGCUGACAUAAUGGGUGACGUUUUGUUGAAAAAGAAGCUGUAAUGCUAAAACCAGAACUUUCCUACACUGGUUUAUGAUUUCAUCUUAAUAAGGGUGCACACGAUAGAAUCACAGGAUCAUGGCUAAUCUUUUUAUUAUUAUUAUUAUUAUUUAUUUAGUAUCAAGAUUGGAACAUUGGCAGCAAAGAGAAAYCUUUGAAAACAUAAAUCAUUGUUUGGUUGUUUUCUCAUUUGGCCCAUACAAAAAUAAUUGAGCUCUGCUCCAUCUGAAAGUCUGUUUCAAUUGAUUUUUAAUUUGCCCAAGACAAAUUURCUCAGCUCUGUUGCCAAUGUCCUCGUGCUCACAUGUGACAGUUUCUAUUCACAUUUUGGUACCUGGGUUUGACACAGAUUAUCAGAGCCCAGCAGUCCCACCUUUACUCGUGUUUAAAUGAUUGAUUUCCAGAUAUAGGAUUGAUUUGCCAGAUGGUGGAAUUUAGGAUAGGAUAGCUUUUUCUAGAAUAUUCCCAGCAAACACGAAAACCCACACAAAAUGAAAUGAGAAGGUCUGARUAUUUCAGGGAGGAGAAGAAGGGAUUGUUUUCAGUACUGACUUUUCCCAGUGCUUUCUGUUGUAUUUUCAAACAGGUAURUUAAGAUUAAAAUAGAGAGUUUUGCAGGUAUUCCUCACUUGGUUUGCAAAAAGAAAAGCUGUAUUUAUUUACUGAGUACACCCUCAGAGCRGGGUGCCAGGCAGCAAAGCUGAGCAGGCACCACAGCUGAGUUCCUCUUCUCUGCCACAGUGACAAGAAUUCUGUAACACAGCUCUGCUAGGACUUGGCAAGGAAUUUUUUAUCAAGGAGAAUUCAUUUCAGAGAAAAAAAAAUGUGAUGAGUUUGUUUGGGUUUCUGCAAAAGCCUCCAGGCUUUGCUUGUACUUUUGUGUAUUUUGGAUAGAACAAUCAUUACAAAACAACGGUGCAGCUUCAGAAGGGUCGAUCUCCUAAAAAUCAAAAAGGGAGAUGUUUUAUUGGAGAAAAAGGGAGACCUUUUUUAUUGGACCCAUGAAAGUUGUGAGGAGCAGCACAUUCCUGAAACACGGAUUUAAUGGGAUUUCUUAUGAAUGUAAUGGAUAAUUUUGUAAAGGACUGGAUAAAUCCUAUGGAAAGAAACURUUUGACCUUGUUCUUUGGCUUUUUUGAUUAUUCUGGAAGGUGAUUUUGUGACAUCUAGUAGCCAAUUUGCAUUAAUUGCUGCUGUAGAGACUUUGAAACUGAAAUAUUUGUUCCUUGAAUUUCAGUUUGUAACAAAACCGCUAUACUUUGUUAAAACUGCUUUGAAGCUUGCUGCACUAUAACUUCAAAACAAUGUGUUAUCCUUUGAAAUAAGCCAGAUGUAUAUAUGCUUUUUAUGAAUUAGUGAGUGCAGUAAGAGAGAAUUCAAGAUAUUGUUGAUAGGAGAUUUUCUGUUGCCAUUGUUUGGACUUGGUUUCCUCUGUGUAAGUUAAAAUUGCUAAAUAAGUCUAACAAUGUUUUGCUUUAAAUGAACAGCAUGGUCAUUGAAUUACGAUCUCCUGUAGUUUUGUGGUGUCACUAAAACAGGUUUUAUUGGUUUAUUUCAUUUCUGUGGUAAUUCCACGUGAUUCUGUUGUCCAGUAAUUAAUUUCUUUUAUUUAGAGCACUGAUGGCAACAUCAGGAAAAAUACAUCACCACCAUCAAAGAAGGACCAAGUCUUGAUUUGCUCUGCACGUUAAAUAGUGCAAGGCUCAGCAGGAGAAUCUGACUGUCAUUUUUCUCAUAUCACUUAGUUUCUGUUUUUUUCCCCAAGUUAUUUAUUAUUUUUAAUAUUGUAUUUUCCCUUGCAUUUUGUUGUAAAUAAACUACCAACAACUAUUCUUUACAAUGGUGCUGUUUUCCCU